AUGCGCUUCGUCAACCUCGGUAUGCCAAAACGCCGUGCCAAACAAGCAUGUCUCCAUUGUCGAAGCAGAAAGAUCCGCUGCGAUCUGGCCUUUGGUGGUUCACCCUGUCUGAACUGCCGUUUGGAUGAGGUCCACUGCGAGGUCAGGGGCCGAAAGCCAAAGCGCAAAAGGCUCGACACAAAAAACGCGAGAGUCCCGAUCAAUACCAACACCAGCUCUGCGACCACCACUUCCAACGACAUAUGGGUCCAGGAUGGCAUGUUCACAACUAACGACGAUUCUUUGGGAGUCUGCCCAUCCUCACCAUCGAAUCCCUCGCCAUGCCAUCUCGACAGCGUGCAAACGGAGUCUACUGAUGCUAGGUCCGAAGGCGAUAGCACGAUGCUGGAGCCGACAGAUAACCGCCUUGCUUUUAUUAGCAACCCAGACCUAAGCAAACUUCUUCCAGAUGAUGUUUGCUUCUUACGACGACAAGGAUGCUUGAACGUUCCGCCCAGACCUAUGCUCGAUGAAUUUAUCCGAGAAUACUUUUUACACGUCCACCCGAUGCUACCCUUAAUGGACGAGUCUGUGUUUUGGGAAGAAUAUAGAGAGGAGACGAACAAGUUGUCGUUGUUCUUGAUCCAGGCGAUGUUAUUUGCUUCCUGUAGUUUCGUGCCGGAAUCUAUAACGAAAGAACUGGGGUUUAAAAGCCCUCGCCUUGCAGCUGCUAGGUUUUAUCAACGAGCCAAGCUUCUUUAUGUCUUCGACAUCGAACCGUCUGCCGUCGACCUAGCACGGGGCGCCUUGCUGCUCACCUUUUUACCCGUCUCGUUGGGCAGCGAUCACCCAACACCUAACUCGGUAUGGUUGACCAGAGCGAUCAAACACGCCGAAAGCGUUGGUGCCAGUCAAGUGAAAUAUACCAAUGGACCUGACACAGGCUCACUGAAACGUCUCUGGUGGUGUUGUAUCCUCCGUGACCGUAGUAUUUCUCUUGGUCAAAGACGAUGUGUACAGAUUCCUGGUAAAUACCCGUUACCAGCGGAAGAGGACUUUAGCUCCGAGUUCAAUGGGUCUUUGGUCUAUACAUCACACAUAAAAACCCAGCUAUUCAGAGUAUUCCGUCGACUGAUGGCAUUAAGCUAUACAGUAGGAGAUUUGCUUCAGCUGAUGGCUCGACAUCGCAGUGCUUCACAUCACCUGGAGACUGUAUGUGCUGAUGACCACACAACUCUAUCUAGAUGCAGAGAGGAUCUCUCGACUUGGUUCAGUGCCACCGGGGAAGAGUUCCUGGAACUGGGUCAAAGAAAUGAGCAACGACAUCCAUCUGUCAUUGUCUACACGAACUUUGUAUAUAUGCAAUACUAUACAGCAAAAUUGCUACUCCAUCAUCAGAAACUCAUAGCUGAUGUUGGUUUGUCUGAUUUGAUCGAGUUCCUUCCCUCUGCCCUCAUCGAUGAGGUUCGUUCUGCCACCUUUCGUUUUAUUGACCAUCUGUCGGAGCCCGUCCGACUUGGACUUGCGAGGUUUCUACCUAUCAGUGUGGCUGCCUUUGCCGCUGUCCCCAUGGCUAUGCAUGUGUUUGAGGCCAGACUCGGCGGUCAAGUCACGGAGAACGAGAGGCGGCUUCGCAUACUAAUUGAAAUGCUGGAGGCACAUCAGCCACGAUUUGAAGGGAUCGAACCCCUGAGCCUUCUUGUUCGCCAAACUGUCACCUCCGUCGAGAGUUGUCUGAGGAGUCAGGGGAAGGACUGCCUACGAAGCUGGACAGACAUUAUAGCCUGCCACCCAUACCAAUAUUUGAACUGUACAUUAGUGUUGGAACGAGCUCUGUGCUCCUCACAAGAACUGAAAGGCUGCUCCAUGCCGAGUAGUAACUGGUCUGCUAUGAUGGAAUACUGCCGCCCCACUGAGAUCGGGACCUCAUCGAGUGUUUCUGACGCCGUCGAAGGUCUUGAAAGUAUUCAUUCUCUUGGCUUUCUUGAUUUAGUAACGGGGUUGGACGAGUCUGGUACCUCUCUGUCGGAUCAAGAUGUAUAUAAUCUAUGUAGCUUGGACUGGGACCCGUUUGGUAGCAUGGAGCUUGAAGACGCAGGGCCAGACAGCAGUGAAGAUGGAGUGGACCUCUUGGACAAGAUAUUGAAUGACCUAUAG